AUGAUAUUUGGGAUCCUCGGCAUUACUCUCAGCGCAGUGUUUGCAGCUCUUCGGGUGAUGGCUGUCACCAACUCCAAUAAGUUGUUAACAUCGUUGACGUUGGCGUUGGGUCUCGUUCCAGUUGAUGCUACUGCAUCACGAGCAUGUGCUAUAAUAUCUGAUGCAAUAGUUGUCAUACUUGUCUGGUACUACGCAUUCGACUCUGGCGAGCUAUCAAUUCGAAAUAUAAGCGGCGUUAAAUUCACACUCGCGAAACUCCUUCUGAGAGAUGGAAUAUUCUAUUUCAUAGUGCGGUUCUUCUUGCUAUUAGCCGAUACCAUUCUACAUUGGGUUGAUUACGGAUUCCCAGAUAUCACAGUAUUUCUUACCCCGUUCGUCUUGACACUUGUUUUCAGGCUUGCAUUUUUGCUUAUUCUCAAUAUUAUCAGUGUAUGCGCGAUUCUUCUCCACCGCUUCUUGCUCCAUCUGCGGGCUGCCGUUUCCACUGAUGUUUGGAUCGGCUCUCGUCCACCCUCCUGCAUUCAUACAGAGGAAUUUCUGCAGAUCGAAUCAAAUACGCUUGUGAUGUCUUUCGCGUCUCCCAUGCAGGACGAAAACGAGGAGGAUGUCGAGGGACCGUCGUAUCAUGCAGACAAUCUACCGCUCCCUACGGUGUCCAGCGGAGGCAUUUAA